AUGAAUAUAUCCGCUACUGCCUGGGCGCCGACGCGCCGGCGUCGACACGGCAGACGCUGCAGGGGGCUGUGGAAACCAACAGCUUCUCGAUUUGACAUGACGUUUGCUUUGGGAGUGGCAAAGGCCACCGAGUCUGAAGACAUGGCGGCAUCGUUCAACCACACAUCUCAAGCAACGCCGGUCGAAAGCAGUGAAAUUUUCAAACAAAAGGACCAAUGA